AUGUCAACGUCGGCAGCUGACGGCAACGGUGAUGGAGGAGCAAUUAUAGAUCCUUCUCAGAGGGCCGGAGGCAGCGGGAAUAACAACGGCGCGUUGGUGGUGAAGAAACCACCGGCUAAGGACCGCCAUAGCAAGGUCGACGGCAGAGGCCGCCGUAUCCGCAUGCCUAUUAUCUGCGCCGCCAGGGUUUUCCAGCUGACUCGCGAGCUUGGGCACAAGUCUGAUGGACAGACGAUUGAGUGGCUUCUACGCCAGGCGGAGCCUUCGAUUAUAGCUGCCACUGGUACUGGUACUACCCCAGCCAGUUUCUCCACUGUCUCUGCAUCUAACCGUAACUCUUCUUCUGUCUCUGCUGCCCUAGACCACAAGUCUCAUUCUCAGUCUUUGCUUGCACCAACGCCGUUCAUUCUCGGUAAGCGUCUCCGUCCAGACGAUGAAGACCAACACCACAUAUCGAAAGAUGAUGUUACAGCUGCCGUGGGUCCCACGGUGGCUGCUGGAGGAUUUUGGGCUUUGCCUGCCAGGCCAGAUUUUGGACAAGUCUGGAGCUUUGCUGCGCCUCCUGGUGAAAUGGUGGUUGCAGCUGCGGCAUCGAAUCAUCCCCAGCAGCAGCAACCUUCGGCUUCCUUGAGGUUUCUUCAGCAGCAUCAGCCAUUGGGAAUUGGGGAAGCAUCAGCCGCAAGGGUUGGUAAUUACUUGCCCAUAGCUCAAGUACAAGGGCACCACCUCAAUUUACUGGCAUCUCUAUCCGGUAAUCCACCUCAAUCCUCUGAACAACGAAGAGAAGGUGAUGCGAAUUGA